AUGUCGAGUCAUUCUUCAGUCAAUACGGGAAACGAGGGUGGUGACAGGGACAAUUUGAACCUGCCGUCCUUCAGAGACCUGGUGUCUUUUCGCGAGACGGUCGAGCAGACAAAUGCUGCUGACGUAGAAUCAACCGUUCGACAUCGUCAAGAUAUUAUCGGAGUUGCUGCAUCGCCUCAACGCCACCAGAAAGACUCGUUUGAAAACAUCGGCCUUGAGCGUAACCCACAUCAGAUUAAUGAUCGUCAAACAUCGCACCUCAUUCCACGCCUUGACCAUCCAGUCACGCACACCGAGAAAGGGCAAACAGAACGUGGCCUUGCUCGCACGAAUCGCAACUACCAGGCUGACCUGUCACCUUCGUAUUCGAUCAGAGAAGCUCCGCUCAGGGACUCAAAGCUCGACACAAGAAGCAGCAUCUUUCGAGACGAACCAGCUCACAAGGCUUAUCACAAUGAUAGAGCCGUGGCGUAUGCGUCCUCUCAACUUGAUGCUUCCAGGAGGGAAGGCGCUCUGACAUCGCAGAGUAUUGUACGGCCGUCAAAGGGAUAUCGUGCUAUCGCUCCUCAUCCUUCCGAUUACGUGCCGGUUAGGAAGGAUUUUUCCAGUACAUCCAAUAUCGUACACAACGUCAACGACGAGCGUCGAUCGGUUCCUCCACCGGGAGUUGCGACACUAGACUUGCGGGUCGACAUGCGAUCACCGAAUCGCGCUCAGGAUGAACGCCGUCAACAUGCCCAAAUUAAUCGACAAUUUGAUACACAGCGACUCAUUGAGCACACUUGGUCCCGUGGGCAUGCAGCUGAAAAAUCGUACUAUCAGACCCCAACGUUAGUCAGAGAACAAGAAAGCUCAUUCCAGAAGUCGAUAGCUUCUUACAGGCAACUCUUGCACGAGGGACGAGGAUCUCAUCAGGCUUCGUCUCAACGCAUAGAUGCAUCGCCAAGACUCCCGAUCCCUCACAAUCAAGGAAGGGUGUUUGAUUACUCGUGCGCACGACUGCCAAACAAAACUCGUCUACCUUCUCCGCGAACGAGCAUGCACCCACCCCCGCCGACCUAUCGUACUGUGCAAUCGUCGACAAGAUCCAUGCAUGCAAUCCCAAAAGCGCAAGAGCAAGACGGUGGUCAACAACGGGUCUUGUCACUUGCACCAUCGGCGUAUGCGGAGGAGCAUAGAAUGUACUCUGCUUUACAUUCGCUUUACGGAAGCGAUGUGAGAGAUCGACCAUCAGCUCUGAACGACCGAGAAAAGGAAGCGAGACUCAGGUCACAGGGUCAUGACACAGAGAAUUUCCACCGAGCCAUGGAUCAAGCUCUGGAUCGGACGGCCUCGCGUGGUAUGGCAGGUGGACAUGACUCACCUCGCCUACGACAUCAAAGUUCCUUCCACAUGGGGCCCUCACGUCGAGACCAUGAACAUCGGCCCUCGUUGGGUCGUCACGAAAAAUACGUUUCCAGGCCGGUAUCCGCGACAGUCGAGAGGGAGCGCAUUUCAAAACAGCCUUUGUCUUCAUCCGAUUCAUCAAUUUCUCAACCCACAUGGUCCGCCCAGGAGCUGCCUUUGCGUCCGCUUGAUCGUCAUUCUGAAACCAAAAAUGCUCCAAUUCAGCCGUCUAGAAUGAUUCAGUGUAAGAGCGAUGACCAAAUGUUUUAUCAGCGUCGAGCACAAGCGGAGCUUCCUGUGGCACAACAGCAGCACAGAGAGAGAACCUCACAGCAUGUAAACAGGGGCAAGGAGUACGAUCAGCACCGUCUUGCUUCUCAAGAGAGCACCAGAGUGGAGCAUCAGCAACUUGCUUUAGCGCUUCCGCAACAACGCAGUAUGAAGUCUGCUCCCUCGGUCUCGUAUCGAGUGCCAGCUUCGCAGGCAGGAUCGGUGAUCGCUUCCCCUGGAUGGAGUACAGGCGCCAGCGGGAGCGGCAGAUACCAGGGUAAAGAGGAUGGUCUCGAACAAAAAAGGCAAUUAGUCGGGCCCCGCGAGCGUUCGCAGAAUGAGGUGUGGCACCGUCGACAAGACGCAUUGAUUAGUGGGAGCGGUAACUCUGCUCAUCAGCAAAGACAACAGACGCACGAAGAUCAAGAACGCUUCGUACGGCCUGAGUCGUGCUACACGAUGGCGCAUUGCGCUAAUGCUUCCGGUCUUCAGCGAACAGCUUGGCAAGCCACCGUCGACGGAUCGGGCCGAGCACCUUCUGACCGUCUAGCAUCUGCCCACAGCACCCAUCGGUCUGAUAGCCUAAUUCAACGUUCAACGAGAAGGGAUGACAGUCAGUUGCCCCCUGCGACAGCUCAACCCCGGCACAUGAGAGGGACCAGCGUUGAACCUGCUCGUCCUCGAACUUGUCACCAAUCUGACCCCUUCGACCACGUUUCUAAAUAUCAUUCACAUUACCACAGUGCUCACUGUACUACAGCCCAUGUGGCGUCGAUCGAUCCUUCCCAGCUCAUUCAUCGAAGUCGGGCUCUUCCACCUGUCAUUGCAUCCCAACAUACCGCCAUUCAACAUCCACCCGCCGUUGAGGGACAGCAGCAAAACCAACAGCAGCAUGCUGUGGUCGCGCCAAUGUCUGCCCCACCCCCGCCGAGGCCGAUGAAAAGGCACAGAGCGGACUCGGAUACCUCGCUUGUUGUAAAAGCUUCCCGUUUCACGGUGGUGGACGAAGGACGAGAAGACGAAUUACAUGCACCCCGCUCUUCUCGUAUCGUUCUACCGUCUCCUCCACAUCACACCGGAUCGGAGUCACAAUCUGCAGAGUCACGACAGCAUCCUCGGACCGAUCCUUCCGUUGUCAUCAGCAGCGUUGUACAAAGAGUCUACCACAGCUCAGAAAAGGGUAAAAGCAUCAUUGGUUCUGCACCAAUCACUCCUCCUCUGUCCUCCACCUGA